GCGCGGCGCGCAGGCGCAGUAAGGAGGGAGAAAUGGGGUAUGCGCAGGCGCACGAGUUUCAAGACAGAAGGGCGGCUCUCCAUUGUAGCACAGACACGCCGUAACCGGGCAUGCUGACUGCGCAUGCGGGUUACUGCGGCCCUGAAGCGGCUCGGGCGCAUGCGCUAGGUUCAGAGUCGUUUCAGGCCGUCGAGGCUAUGGCGCUUGCGCGCAGCCCCGAUGCCCUAGUGCGCCUGCGCCGCAGCCCCCGUGCGUGUCUCUGUCGGCUUCGUCACCACCAUUUUGUGCUGGGAUCGCGGCUCUUGCUUGCGCGCGUGAGAGCCGGAGCAGCAGCGGCGGCGUCAUGGCGGAAAGUCAGUCAGCGGCCGGGCUGGGGGAGUCUGCGCCCUUGGGCGGGGCGGCUCCCCCCGGCUCGGAGCCCGAGACCCGGCGGCUGAGCGAGCUGCGGGUGAUCGACCUGAGGGCCGAGCUCAAGCGCCGCAACCUGGACAGCGGCGGCAACAAGAGCGUGCUGAUGGAGCGGCUCAGGAAGGCUAUUGAGGAUGAAGGGGGAAAUCCUGAUGAAAUUCCAAUGGUGUCAGAGAUAACGAUCAAGAAAACACCAAAGAGAAGCAGCAAAGGGCGUAGACUAGAAGAAGAGGGAGUUGAAGAUAAUGGACUGGAGGAGGAUUCUGGAGAUGGGCAGGAGGAUAUUGAAGCAAGUUUGGAUAACUUG